UACUUUAAUACAGUUAACCUUAUCGUUUACACGUGCAAAAAUCUUCCAAGAAUACAAUUGUUGCAAAACAGGAUCAUUAAUUUUUAUAUUAAAAAGCAAUUUGGCACGUGUUGGAUCUACAUUAUCUUUAUGUAGGCGCUUUUGAAGGCAGAACCUUCAAAGUGUAAGGUCCAAUUUCGCGCAGCGUUUAUAGGCCCGUCGCAUGGAACAUGAAAAUGUUUUGAGUGAGAAGCAGCCACAGUAUAUGAUAUCACAGCUAUAUACUUGCAAUGGGAGAUACCGAACAGGAUGAUAUUCAUGACGAUUUUAAGUGUGAAAUUAAAAGACUAAGCCCAACCAACACUCCAAAGGACACUGUAGUUGAAUACAAGACGUCAAAUCGACGGACAGCAUUAAAAAUUGGACUAUCUGUGUCCAUUGGAUUUAAUAUAUUAUUUGUCGUUUUGUUCGUCGUAGUAUUUAUUAUGUUAAACAACAUAAAUGCGAAAUUGUCUCGACUUGAUCAACAUAUAACUAAAGGCAAUCUCACAAUAUUGAAUUCAAUGGGAACGAAGGAUGCUAUAAGGGAUCGAAAGGUCUCUACGUCUAAAGAUUUUACGGGACCAACUUCACCACAGAAGCCAUCGAGCAAGACGCCUACUUAUACUCAUACUCCAAGCAAAUAUUCUACCACCGUACCAACUAUUGUAGAUGUGAAUACUUGCAAAUGUCAGGGCCCGCAAGGUGAAAAAGGUGAAAAGGGUCACAGGGGAGCCAGAGGAAAGAAGGGACCAAAAGGAUCCGUCGGCCGAAUUGGACCAGUUGGUGCGAAAGGUGACGCUGGUGAAAAAGGAGAGAAAGGUGCUCAUGGAAAACCGGGACCUAUUGGCCCGCGUGGUUUAAAUGGCUUUCCUGGUCCAUCAGGCUCAAAUGGAUCGCGAGGUAUGAAAGGUGAACCAGGAGUAUGUGACGCCUGUAAUAUAUCGUUAACGGCGAAAAAGGAACGACCAAUUGCACAUUUGAUUGGUAUCUUCGAUCAAAAAGGAAUGCCAACAUAUGAAAAGCUUGACGUUUGGACAAUAGGAAAAUAUGGUCAAGCCAGUGCUGGUAUGGUGAACUUUUUUACUGAACCCGGUAAAAUCAAUAUCACGGAAAGCGGGAACUACUUCAUUUACAGCCAAGUAUAUUUUCAAAUGCCUUUCGGGGAUCCAAAGACGGACGCAAAACUUUCUGCAGAUGAGCAAAGUUACAUGUCACAUUUUGUACUGCGAGAAUCUAAAGGAGAGAUAGCAGUUCUCUUAAAGGGCGUUCAAACAAAUGCAUAUCAGGGAAAGAAGGCAGGUUUUUUUACGUCGUUUGUCAGUGGUGUAUUCCGUUGUAAAGUGGGCGAUUCACUUUUUGUGGGAGUCGAUAAAAAGUUAAGUGCGGUUGUAAAUACGAACAUGGAUUCGACGUUUUUUGGUGCAUUUAAGCUAUGAUUCGUCGAUUUUUUUCGACGUGGAAGCGCGAGAUUCCUUCAUCUUUGAUCACCAUCCUUCUAUAUGACCAGGUAACCGGGUGUAAUCAAGUUGAAAUAACCUGUUUAUGUUCCCUGCGAAGCAGGUUCAUGGACCUAACAUGUUGUAGGACGUGUAAUAGUACACCGUUUGUGAACUUCAUACAAACUGCUUGUUCAUUAUUUUUAUUACUUCGUGCACAUAUGAAAUGAGUCAAAAUUUGACAGUACUUUCAACUUCGUUAAUGCAAGCUAACAUUUACUAACACAGUAAAAAAAAUAACAUUCUUCUGAGAGCAUAUUACAAACAUUUUCAUUGUUAACAAAACCUCAAAACGCAUACAACAUAUGUCAGUGCUUUUGAUAAGUAUAGACGAACAUAGGUAAUGACCAUAUCAAUCCUUCCUAUUUGUUAUAAAUAAAAUCAACCAUCUUGGAAACUUUUACCCUCUAUGCAGUCAAUCAUAAACUUUGUUGACGUCUAAUUUUAUCAUUAAAAAGCACUUGAUUAGAA